AGAGAGAUAGAGAAUACGACAUAUACCAUUUUCACCAUUGUUCCCAGCAAAGCAACAACCUCUUUCAUUAACACACUUUUUUUUUUGCCCUUUCUUUUUUAUAUUUAUUUAUUUUUACAUAUAAAUAUUCUCAUUAAUUAAUUAAUUAAUUAAUUAAUCCAAUCCGAGCCUUUCCUCUCUCUCCGGCGUCCCUCAAUUCCCCAAUGGAGCUUUUCUCUUUCUAGGGUUUGGUUUCUCCGAUCGCACCUUCGCAGAGAUGUCGCGCCAGUCGACUUCGUCUGCUUUCACUAAAUCGAAGACCCUCGACAAUAAAUAUAUGCUGGGAGAUGAGAUUGGGAAAGGAGCUUAUGGUCGAGUUUACAAAGGUUUGGACCUGGAGAAUGGAGAUUUUGUUGCAAUUAAACAAGUUUCUUUGGAGAAUAUUGCUCAGGAGGAUCUCAACAUCAUUAUGCAAGAGAUUGAUUUGUUAAAGAAUUUGAACCACAAAAACAUUGUAAAGUAUCUCGGAUCCUUAAAGACAAGGAGUCACCUGCACAUAAUUCUUGAGUAUGUGGAGAAUGGUUCACUUGCAAAUAUCAUCAAGCCAAAUAAAUUUGGACCUUUUCCAGAAUCAUUGGUUGCGGUUUAUAUUGCCCAGGUGUUGGAAGGCUUGGUUUAUUUACAUGAACAGGGUGUUAUCCAUCGAGAUAUUAAGGGUGCAAACAUAUUGACAACUAAAGAGGGUCUUGUCAAACUUGCUGAUUUUGGUGUUGCAACAAAAUUAACAGAGGCUGAUGUUAAUACUCAUUCAGUUGUUGGAACACCAUACUGGAUGGCCCCAGAGGUUAUAGAAAUGUCUGGGGUUUGUGCUGCUUCUGACAUUUGGAGUGUUGGCUGUACGGUUAUUGAACUUCUUACAUGUGUACCUCCUUAUUAUGAUUUGCAGCCUAUGCCGGCUCUUUUCCGUAUUGUCCAGGAUGAACAUCCUCCAAUUCCUGAUAGCCUGUCACCUGACAUUACUGAUUUUCUGCAUCAAUGCUUUAAGAAGGAUGCUAGACAAAGGCCUGAUGCUAAAACGCUGCUAUCUCACCCCUGGAUUCAAAAUUGUAGACGUGCCCUGCAGUCUUCUCUCCGUCAUAGUGGAACAUUAAGAAAUAUAGAAGAUGAUGAUUCUGGAGAUGCAGAAGUUCCUGGUGGUGAUCAUAAGAGUGCUGGUGAAAACUCUUCUGUUGAGAAAGAGGACUCUGCAAAAGAGUUUUCAAGUGUGGCUGCUGAUAGCAGCAAAACUCAUGAAGACAAUGCUUCAGAUUCUAAUUUUCUUAACGAAAGAACAGAGAAGGCAGAUGAUGUUCCAUCAGAUCAAGUUCUUACGUUAGCCAUUCGAGAGAAGUCAUUUAUACAAACUGGUUCUAGCAGACUCUCUUCUAAUAGAGAAGUGGUUAGUUCUGAGCCAACUAGCAAUCAUGAGGUUUCAAGUUCUAAAGAAUUUCAUGAAGUCAUGAUGAAUGGAGAUGUCGGAUCUCCACAAUCAAGUGGAAUGGCCAAUAAGGUUGGAGGAAAAGACAUCAAUAAUGGCACUAAAUCAUUUGCUUUUGGAUCAAGAGGUCAAGACAAUGGUUCCCUAAAGGCAAUGAAGAUGCCACCCCCUGUGGAAGGAAAUGAGCUGAGUAGAUUUAGUGACCCCCCUGGAGAUGCGUACUUAGAUGAUUUAUUUCAUCCAACAGAUAAACAACCUGGGAAGGUUGUACUUGAGGCAUCCACAUCUACAUCUACUUCACAUCUGGCUAAAGGUAAUGCAUCUAUGAUUGAUGGUGGGAAAAAUGACCUGGCUAAAGAGUUGAGGGCUACAAUUGCUCGAAAGCAAUGGGAGAAGGAGAGUGAAAAUGGACAGGCAAACAAUGGUGGGAACCUUUUACACCGAGUGAUGAUAGGUGUUCUAAAAGAUGACGUAAUUGAUAUAGAUGGUUUGGUCUUCGAUGAAAAACUUCCUGGAGAAAACCUUUUUCCUCUGCAGGCUGUUGAGUUCAGCAAAUUAGUUAGUUCACUAAGACCAGAGGAAUCAGAAGAUGUGAUUGUCUCUGCAUGUCGGAAACUUAUUGGUAUAUUUCACCAACGUCCAGAGCAGAAGAUUGUUUUUGUUACCCAGCAUGGUUUACUUCCACUAACCGACUUGCUAGAAGUUCCUAAAACACGUGUCAUAUGUUCUGUGCUUCAGCUUAUAAAUCAAAUAAUUAAAGACAACACUGAUUUUCAAGAAAACGCAUGUCUUGUUGGAUUGAUUCCUGCAGUCAUGAGCUUUGCAGUGCCUGAUCGUCCCCGAGAGAUCCGUAUGGAAGCAGCUUACUUUUUACAACAGCUUUGUCAGUCAAGUUCGUUGACUUUACAAAUGUUUAUAGCUUGCCGUGGAAUACCUGUUUUGGUGGGAUUUCUUGAGGCUAAUUAUACCAAGUACAGGGAGAUGGUUCAUCUGGCUAUUGAUGGCAUGUGGCAGGUAUUUAAGCUACAGCAGUCAACGCCUAGAAAUGAUUUUUGUCGGAUCGCUGCAAAGAAUGGAAUACUCCUUAGGCUUAUAAAUACUCUAUAUAGCUUAAAUGAGUCAACUCGACUAGUUUCUACAUCUGUUGGGGGUGGAUUUUUGGUUGAUGGUUCGGCUCAACGGCCACGUUCUGGUAUCUUGGAUUCUACACAUCCUUUUAUCAAUCAGAAUGAGGCACUGCUCUCUUCAGUAGAUCAGCAAGAUAUCCCUAAAGUGAGGCGUGGAGUACUUGAUCAUCACUUAGAACCUUCACAUGCUUCAUCCUCCAAUCCUCGUAGAUCAGAUGCUAAUUAUCCCUUGGAUGUUGAUAGACCUCAAUCAAGCAAUGCAGCAGUUGAAGUUGUAUCGCUAGAGAAGAGUUCGAAUCUAGCAUCCAGGGAAUCUUCAGCAGGUACAUUAAAAGAGCGAGAAAAUGUAGAUCGUUGGAAAACUGAUCCUUCUCGAGUGGAUGUUGAACCCAGACAGCAGCGUAUUAGUAUUUCUGCUAACAGGACAUCAACAGAUAGGCAUCCAAAAUCGACAGAAUCUGUAUCAAAUGGGUUAUCAGUAACAGGAGCUACACAGCAAGAGCAAGUUAGGCCUCUUCUUAGCUUGUUGGAGAAAGAGCCCCCAUCUGGACGUUUUUCUGGACAGCUUGAGUAUGUACGUCAGUUUUCGGGAUUAGAAAGACAUGAAAGUGUACUCCCUUUGUUACAUGCCUCUGAAAAGAAAACAAAUGGUGAACUAGACUUUUUGAUGGCAGAGUUUGCAGAUGUUUCUCAACGUGGAAGGGAAAAUGGAAAUCUUGACUCCAGCGCUAGAGUGUCUCAAAAAGUCACUCCCAAGAAAUUAGGGACUCAGGGUUCUGGUGAAGGAGCUGCUUCCACAUCUGGGAUUGUAUCUCAGACAGCAUCAGGUGUACUGUCUGGUUCAGGUGUUCUAAAUGCUAGACCAGGUAGUGCUACUUCAUCUGGGCUACUUUCGGAUUCAUCAUUGAAUGCAGAAGUUACCAGAGAGUACUUAGAAAAAGUGGCAGAUCUUCUGCUUGAGUUUGCACAAGCCGACACAACAGUAAAGUCUUACAUGUGUAGCCAAAGCUUGCUCAGUCGUCUUUUCCAGAUGUUUAAUAGGGUGGAGCCUCCUAUUCUGUUGAAGAUACUGAGGUGUAUCAAUCAUCUGUCAACUGACCCAAAUUGCUUAGAAAAUCUUCAGCGUGCUGAAGCAAUAAAAUACUUGAUACCGAAUCUUGAACUCAAAGAAGGGUCUCUGGUAUCAGAGAUACAUCAUGAGGUCCUGCACGCACUGUUCAAUCUAUGCAAGAUAAAUAAGAGGAGACAAGAACAAGCAGCUGAAAAUGGAAUCAUUCCCCAUUUGAUGCAAUUUAUCACAUCAAAUUCUCCCUUGAAACAAUACGCAUUACCUCUACUAUGUGACAUGGCUCAUGCAUCUCGCAAUUCAAGGGAGCAGUUAAGGGCUCAUGGUGGUUUGGAUGUAUAUUUGAACCUUCUUGAGGAUGAGUUUUGGUCUGUGACAGCAUUGGAUUCUAUUGCUGUUUGCUUAGCCCACGACAAUGACAAUAAGAAGGUUGAACAAGCAUUGCUGAAAAAGGAUGCAGUUCAGAAGCUUGUGAAGUUCUUCCAGUGCUGUCCAGAGCAGCACUUUGUACAUAUAUUGGAGCCAUUCUUGAAAAUCAUCACAAAAUCUGCACGGAUCAAUACCACAUUGGCUGUUAAUGGAUUAACACCAUUGCUCAUUGCAAGGCUUGAUCAUCAGGAUGCUAUAGCUCGUCUUAAUUUACUCAGGCUAAUAAAGGCUGUUUAUGAGCAUCACCCUCAGCCCAAGAAGUUGAUAGUGGAGAAUGAUCUGCCUGAAAAACUUCAAAACUUAAUAGGGGAACGGAGAGAUGGACAAGUGUUGGUCAAACAGAUGGCUACUUCGUUACUUAAAGCUCUACACAUAAACACCGUUUUGUAAAUUUAGAUUUUAAUAUUCAUUUUCCUUUAUGUAUAUUCGAUUUUAUUGGGGGAAAAAAAUAUUUAUCGAUGUAUAUAAGUUUCCCUUCCCCUUUUGUUGGUUUGCUUAUUUUACUUCCUGUUUGGUUGAGUGAAAAUAGUAUAGGCUGGCGUAUGUUGAUUUGACUCUUGUAUUGAGUGAAAGUAGUAUAGGUUUGCUUACUUUAGCGGGUGGCUGAUUUCCCGGCAUCGAUGGCCGAAAUGCAUUUUGGUUUUUUGCCAUAUACGUAUAAAUGUUUUUACUAUAUACACGAGUACAAGUGUCUAUUUUACUCUCGAAG